AUGCAUCCUUCUGCCUUGAAUAAUUUUGAGGAAGUGAUGAGCAUUGCCAAAGGGAAAGAGAUUGUUGUGUUUUUGGACUAUGAUGGAACACUUUCACAGAUUGUAGAUAACCCUGAUCAGGCUUACAUGAGCGAUGCUAUGCGUGCAGCUGUAAGAGAAGUUGCAUCUUGCUUUCCCACUGCCAUUGUUAGUGGAAGAAGCAGGGAUAAGGUUUACGAAUUUGUUAAGUUAAGGAAUGUAUAUUAUGCUGGUAGUCAUGGUUUGGAUAUCUCAACCCCAUUUGGCUCAACAAAACAUGAAGAUAAGAAGUAUCAGACAAAGGGUGGUAAUCAAGUAGUUCACUUUCAUCCGGCAAAAGAAUUUUUGCCAACAAUCCAAGAGAUAAGGAAGAUUUUGAAAGAAAAAACUACAUUAAUAAAAGGCUCUAUGAUAGAGGAUAAUAUGUUCUGCAUCAGUGUACACUACAGGCGUGUGAAAAAUGAAGAGGAUAUUGUUGUUCUCAGAGAAAUUGUGGAGUCUAUUAUGAAAUCUUACCCUAACUUUCACAUAUCAGGAGGAAGAAAGGUUAUGGAGAUACGCCCAAAUGUGAACUGGGAUAAAGGUCAUGCUCUGAUGUAUUUGCUUGACACUCUUGGCUUUGACAACUCUAAUGAUGUUCUUCCUAUGUACAUUGGUGAUGACAGAACUGAUGAAGAUGCUUUUAAGGUUAUAAGACACAUUGGAAGAGGUUUUCCUAUCGUUGUUUCUUCAAUUGCUAAGGAGACAAAGGCUUCAUAUUCUCUGCGUGACCCUGCUGAUGUGAUGACUUUUUUGAAACGUUUAGCAAAAUGGAAGAAAAACCUUUUGUUACCCAAAACUAAACAAACCUGAGAGGGGAAAAAGUGAUAUGCGUGAAUUGUAGGCUAAUUUGCUCGUUUUU